AUGCAGUUAGGGAAAGUAGCAGCUUAUGCUUCCCGGCAGUUAAAGCUACGCGAAAGGAAUUAUCCUACUCAUGAUCUUGAGCUGGCCACAAUUGUUUUCACUUUGAAGAUAUGCCAGCAUUAUUUAUACGAGUUACUAAAAUGUUAUGAUUUGCUUAUUGAUUAUCAUCCGGGAAAGGCUAAUGUGGUUGCGGAUGCACUCAGCCGGAAGUCAUCAUUGUUUGCACUUCAAGUGUUGAACACUCAUUUAGCUUUGAGUGCCGAUGGUUCUGUACUAGCGGAAUUGAGAACUAAACCCUUGUUUCUACGAAGAAUUUGGAAGUUACAAAAGGAUGAUCUGAACUUGAUAAUGAAACGAAACUUGGUUCAAAAUAAUUUGACUACCGAAUACAAUAUUGGUGAUGGUGGUGAGUGCGGAAAUCAUGGCGGUGAUGAAGGCUUGACGAUGGCGGCGACGGACCAGGCAUUGACUACGCACUGGUGCUUGCAGCGCGAGAUCUUUUGA